AUAUAUUUGUGGGGUGAUGGAGGUGAGCGAUAGAGCAGUGCGGGCGCAAUGGAACUGGACUGGGAGAUGGACCACCUUCUCAACACCGUCUUGUCUUUGGAGGAGGAUUACAGGCUGGCGGUCAGGACCACCGAGAGCAGUCCCGGGGCAGGACGAGCGGGGUGCAGCGGCAUGGAGCGCACUGGCGUCAGCAGUCGGGGUGCCUCUUUGGAUCUGCUUUGCUGGGGCGGCACAGCCAUUGAGACGCCCAAAGAAAAGCGAAGCGACACCUCGUCAGACGCGGGCGCCACGUGCAGAAACCAAAACCGGGCAAAGCAAAAGAGGAAGAAAACCAUCUUUACGAAAGAGCAGAGCGAAUAUCUCAAACGAGCUUUCGAAAACGACCCGUAUCCGGAUUUUAAGAAGCGCACGCAGUUAUCCGAAUUGACGGGAAUCGCGGAGUCCAGGGUUCAGGUGUGGUUCCAGAACCGCCGAGCCCGUCACCUGCCCCGGAUGAGCCAGCGCAGCGCUCCUUACUACGUGCCACAGAAGCCACAGGUGUACGCUGAAGGCGCCUGGACUGCGUCUGCGCACAGCGGCGAGGUCAGCGUGGGCGGACAGAACUGCCUCUUAGCGGGACUUCCACUGGAGUACUGGCGCCAAAGAAGCUGAGCCCCUCAAAACAUCGUCUUCAAUUCUAACUUGUAAAUAGUUUGUGAAUAUUUAUAACUCUACGGUAGUGCAAUCACGAUGAAAAUGCCUUGUGGAGGAUUGCGACAUGUA